GCCUGCGCAGUGCGGGCGCUGGGUGGGUCGCCGGAGCUGCAGUGCAGGCUGCGGGAAGCGGGAGGUUCGGGGACGGCUGUUGUAUCUGACCUGCUGCCGGGUCGCGGAAGCUUGUGCGCCUGGCACGUCCCUCUUCUUUUCCGUCGGAGAGUUUGGGAUGUGGUAAUGUCAGCCAGCCUGUUCAGAGCCCUGGCCGGAUCUCACUGUAUUUUAUCAAAAAUACGUCAGUGCCAAAGACUUGUCCAUCGAACAUUAAGGCCACGGAAAGAAUUUGAGACUACAACAUGCAGCACCGUGAUGAGAAGUCAGAACUUGGAGUUGUUCUUUCCUGAGACAGCAGCUGGUGGUUUGAGUAAGUCCCCGGUCCUGGAAAUGAGUCCGAAAAUCUCAAAUACAAGCAUACUCUCUCCAUUAAAUGCUGCGCAUUGCCAGGAUGAAACAAUGCACCUUCCAACCAGGAAAUCUUUUGGUACUCACAGGAAAGUGACUCACAGACCAAAUCUCUUAGGUUCUAAGUGGUUUAUAAAAAUAUUAGAGCGACAUUACUCAUCUCCAUCAACGGAAACACUAGUUCCUAAACAAGACCUUCCGCAAAUCAAGAGACCACUAAAAGCAUCGAGGACCAGGCAGCCAUCCAGGACCAACCUUCCAGUUCUGUCUGUGAAUGAGGACCUGAUGCACUGCACAGCAUUCGCGACCGCAGAUGAAUACCAUCUCGGGACUCUCUCUCAAGAUCUGGCCUCCCACGGAUACGUCGAAGUAACCAGUUUGCCUAGAGAUGCAGCAAACAUUUUGGUGAUGGGUGUGGAACACUCUGCUAAAGAAGGUGAUCCUGGAACAAUAUUCUUCUUCAGAGAAGGAGCUGCUGUGUUCUGGAAUGUGAAAGAUAAAACUAUGAAACACGUGAUGCAGGUCUUAGAAAAGCAUGAAAUCCAGCCCUAUGAAAUCGCUCUGGUGCACUGGGAAAACGAAGAGCUUAAUUACGUAAAAACAGAGGGACAGUCGAAACUUCACAGAGGGGAAAUCAGAUUAAAUUCAGAGCUAGAUAUAGAUGACGCCAUUCUAGAGAAAUUUGCUUUCUCGAAUGCUCUUUGUCUUUCAGUGAAACUGGCUAUUUGGGAGGCAUCACUGGAUAAAUUUGUUGAGUCUAUUCAGUCAAUUCCAGAGGCUUUAAAAGCUGGGAAGAAAGUGAAACUAUCUCAUGAAGAAGUGAUGCAGAAAAUGGGUGAACUCUUUGCCCUGAGACACCGUAUAAACUUGAGUUCGGACUUCCUGAUCACUCCCGAUUUCUACUGGGACAGAGAAAACCUGGAACAACUUUAUGAUAAAACUUGUCAGUUCCUUAGCAUUACUCGUAGAGUUAAGGUUAUGAACGAGAAGCUUCAGCACUGCAUGGAACUGACAGAUCUAAUGCGGAAUCACCUGACGGAGAAGAGGGCGCUCCGCCUGGAGUGGAUGAUUGUCAUCCUCAUCACCAUCGAGGUACACGGCCGUGUACAAGGAAAACGGGCACCUGGCUGGCUCUCAGCCAGUGGGGGAGGACACUGUUGGUCUCGGGACUGUGGGUUCAAGCCCCACAUGGGGUGUAACUAGAAAAAAAAAAUUUAAAAAUCUAAAAAGAAAAAAAAAGGAAAAUAAAGAUAAUUUGACAUAGAAGAUGACAGUGGAAAAGAGCGUGGCUUUGUUCUAAUUACUAAGUCUAUCUGGAAGUGAGGCAAGUUUCAAGUGACUGUGGUAAUCCUGCAAAUGCACACAGUGUGAUUUUUGGAGGCGUUGCAUUUUAUGAAGAUAGCAUUUAGAGAAUAUUCUAGCUGCACAUCUGUAACGUACAACCCAGCAGCAAGAACCUUUGCCUCACAUCUGGACAGCUUACCAUGAGGGAAAGACUUCAGGAGCAUUUUUCAAUAAUCACAAUUU